AUGUGCAGCACCAAGCACUACCAAGCGCCACGCUCCCGUUCGCCGUUGGCCGCUGUGGAGGUGGCGCAGGGCGCAGGGAACGGUGUGGGCGGUGCGCACGAUCCGGCCAUCCGAGCAGACACCCAGAGGCGGCGACAGAGCGGUGGUGGCACUCAAGAGCGCCGUUCGCCUCGAAGCUCCAGACAGGAUACCGAGGCCGCCAACGUCUCCAGUUCUGAGGGUCGCCGAAAAGAGCAGAGAUCAGGAGGAAUCUUGGCAGGGGGUAAAGAAGCCAGCAGCGGGGACGGCGCGGGCGGCGGCGUUGCCCCCCGAAAGCGUCGCCGGAGUAAGACUCCUGCCCGUGCAACAACGGCGAGAGGCGCCGAACCAGGGGGCCUUGUGGCUUCAUUGUCGGCCGACGCUCCGGCACCGACAGCGAAGAGCACCCCUUCACGUAAGAAGGGGGGGGAUGGGUUAGAGGCGGCAGCGGCGGCGGAGACAGCAGUGGCGACUCCGACUGUUCACGACGGGAAAAAAACAGCCGGGGGUGAUGGCGAGCGCGGUGCUAAAAGAACGGCCGGCGCGAGUCGAGGGGGGGCGCUGUCGUCUCCCUAUCCGUCUUCCCGAAAAGGUGGCAAGAAGCGCGCGAGAACUCCGACUCCACCAACGCCGGCACCAGCUGUGGAAGAGGUGGAAGCGUCGCCGUCCCCGGUAACCGUGACCCACCCCACGGAAUCGCCACCACCACCACCACCAGCGGGCGCGUUGCCUCGGGAGCGUCAGGCGAAGGUAGGGCCGUGCAUUGUUCCGCCACUGACUGCCGAUUCCGACGAACGGGAUGGUGACUCGGGUUCGAGAACGAGGAGAAGGAGGAGGAGGGGGGAGAGCGGGGUGUCGGAUGCAUCAGAGGACGUCGCCGCUACGCGCGGCCCAACCGUGCCGCCUUCUUCGGAGAACGCGCCACCCUCCUCCUGCGCGGACGGCAGGCACUCGUGGCCCACCGCCAUCGCUCGCGUCGCCACCCUGGACUUCUCGGGCAAGCCCUCGCUGGUGGUGUCCUCCGUUGUGGUAACGUCCGCAGGAAGCCGCGGCCGCGGCAGCGGCAGCGGCAGCCGCAGCGGCAGCCGCAGCCGCACGGGUUCCGUCACCACCGCCGCGACGGCGUCGAUCGUCGUCUGCCACUCGGGAGGAGUCUCCGUCUGGGACCUGACGGACUCCGAGGCGAUCUGCACGCACCUGUCGCCGGAGCUCGCCAGCGCCGCGAAGGAGCUCGUCCCGUGGAGGUUUAUGGCGGCAGCCGUGGUGGGUGGGGACCUCGCCGGGUCGACGCCCUCCGCGACGAGGGCGCCCGGAGGCGGCAAGGACGCGUGCAUCAUGGCGGUUGGUCGGCAGGGGACGGACCCCGGCUCCCCGAUUUUUCGCGUCUGGCAGCAGGGGUCGCCGUCACCGGUGCCGCCGCUGACGCCGCAGGGCGCCGGGCGUGCGGACAGGAGAAGAAGCAGCGGCGGUACCGUCGGUGGUUCUGCGGGGCGAGCAAAGGAGGCGCCCGCGUUGCAACCGGCAGUCUUGACGACCACCGUCAAAAAGAAGUUUUCGAAGUUUUUCCCGCCGGCGGUGCCGAGCCACGUUACACCUUGUCUCUGCGUGUGCGGGUACUCGGGGGCGAACGGGGAGAGAGGUGAUGGUGCUGGUGGUGCGGCGGUGGGCGACGAGGGCGGACCUGGAGCCGAGACGUCCGAAUUCGCUCGAGAGAUUACUGCUGUGAUGGCCCUGGGUGGCAAGGCGCUUCGGCUAGUUUUUGGGGCCGGGAGGAGCGGCUCGGAGACGUUCGUCGCUAAGCAGUUGCCUGCUAGGUUGGCCGACGAUGCUGUGUACACAUCGCUGGCACCCGUGCCGAGCAACCCCUACCUCGUCUGCGCUUCCGCACCGUUGGUCAAUUCGGUCUUGGUUUGGAACGUCCUGGACCUGCGUCCCCUCUUCACUUUGCCCAUCACCACCGUGAGCGUUUGCGUACCACUGGCUGCUGCUGCUGCUGGGAAUGCGGCGGUUGCGAGAGGAGUGCCGAGGGUCGCAGAGGCAGCAGCAGCAGAGGCGGCAGCAGAGGCGGCAGCGGCAAAGCCAGCUCCCCGAAUGCUGUGCCUACUGGCAACGGGGAGCAGGCACGCCGGGGGCAGCAGCGAAGGCGGCGUAAGCUCAACCCGGGAAACGAGCAAGGUCGGUUGCGGGCUGUUCGGUGUUUACUGCGGUGGGGGUGACGGCGGCGCGGGAAAACACAGCUGUGGCAGGGUGUCGGCGAUCCGCCUGGAGGCUGACGCUGAAGCCGGGGCAGGAGAGCGGCCGGUGGCGGGAGAAGGCGAAAACGGGAGGAGCCGAGGGGGUGGAGAGCAUGACCAUCCCGAAAACGACGCCGGCAGCGGCUUGCGGUGCUUGCGCGACGGUGGUUACGGUUUCGUUGUUGGUGUUGACGGGCGGGGCAAAGUUGUGGCAAGGAGCGUCUUGACCGGAGAGUCUAGAGUGCUCCUUGCGCCAGACACCGCUGCAGCUGCAGCCAACGCUGGUGGCGGGGCGACCUUUGCCACCCUUGGUUGUGACGGGGACAGUAGCAUUCUCGCCCUCGCCACGGCGCGGGGGCCGGGCGGCGUUGCUGCCGCGACUUGUGUCGAUUUGUAUGAAUUUUGUGGUUGA